AAAAAUUUGACAAGAGAGAAUCGUCAUCAAAAUGACUAGGUCAACGUCGGCUUCGUCAUCUUCAUCGACCGCCGUAAAAAGCAGUGAUGUUGGACCUCUAUGUCGGUGUUCAAGAGCUACAAAAGUGACAUUGUCGUGGUCAGAUGACAAUCCGGGCCGGCGUUUCCACCGUUGUGAGAUCCACGGAUUCGUGAGCUGGGCUGACACGGAAGAACCCACAAAUUGGCAGAAGGAAAGUUUAUUGGAGGCGAGGGAUCAGAUAAGACAUUACAAACGAGAGGCAGCGAGUUUGCGGUCUACAUUAGCUGAAACCAACGCUACUAUUGAGAUGUUAAGGUCAAGUGCAAGGGGAAACGAAGAUGUGGAAAUACACCCAUCUGCAUAUCAACUCUUGGAUAUGUUUAAUGCGACAAAGAACACAAUGCGCAUCAUGUUUAUCAUCACCUGGGUUUUACUUUUCCUUGCAACAGUCGUAAUUGUUGCAAUUAUCGCUUAAAACAGUGGGCAAAUGUGGCUCAUUAUUAUGUUGUCUGUUUAACAAAUUGGCUAUGUUUGAGAUUUCGUGUUAUAAUCUGAAACACUCCUUCGUGUAAUUUCUGUUUCCUAAUUAUAUGAAAAUGUAUCGUUUCGUAUAUAUGGUGAUUUUUU